AAAUUAAUAAAUAAAUAAAAGAAGAAAUAUAAAUAAAUAUACUUAACAUAUAUGAAUAUUUUUAAAUGAUAAUAUUAAUUUAUAUAUAUAUAUAUACAUAUAUGUGAAAUUCUGAAGUAUACCACGUUUAUCGGACAGACUCGCUCAAAUGUAAUCAGCGAACUCGGAUAAAAGUUCCCCCAUUUGUUCUACACAUUGUCACAUAGCUAACACAAAUAAACCGCGAACAAUCAGUUGCCUUGUUCUAUGUUUGAGAGAACGAGGAAGAAAGAUAAAUAGAUAGAGAAAGAAUUUACGAGAGAAAGAGAAAGAAAGAAACGAGGAUCAGUAGUAGUAUUAGUAAAAUAGUAGUACUAGUAUUAGUAAUAGCAGCAUUAGUGUACAGUAGUAUAGUUCCCUUAUUCCAAGUUCGAUGGUGAACUUCCAUUCUAGGUUCAAUUACAAUCGACAAACCUAACUGGGAGAACCUUUUAUUCAAGACCAAACAUUGUUUGCCAGGCUAUUGUUUUAUACCUCUGAUUAAUCAUCAAAGAUAUACUUCAAUUCAACUCUUCUCUAUUCUACUUUCAUUCACUUCGCAAGCGUCGAAAUGAAGUUUAUCGUGGCCUGGAUCCUUAUACUCGUUUCUUCUUCUUGUUUUGCUGCUAUUCCUGCUGCAUCUUCUCCGGGCAGUCAUCAAACUAACUUUUUCCGGACAUUUGAAUGUAUCAAUGACCAGUGCCAGCGGACGAACAAACCAAUCUCGAUCAUUGACCCAGCAGAGCUGAAGCUCAAAGGUCACCAUACGACGUUAGCAGCUUGUCGUCUAGUCUGUGGUUCACUUGGAGGUCUUUGGCCGAUUCCAACGGGACCUAUCACCAUCGGAAAAAAUUACUUACUAACGCAUCCCAAUGAAGUCCGAUUUGGUCUACAAGAAGUUCCUCGAUCAACUAGAUCAUUUUUAUCCGAAGCCUUGGAUAUAUUUGUCGGGAAUUUAAGAUGGAUGUGUGGAGAAAACUGCGAAAAAGCCAAUUCUUCAGUCAAGGUUCACACAAAAAUUAUUUCUGAGAGUGUUGAACUCGACUGGAGCACAGAUGAAGAAUAUACUCUUCAGAUAUUUACCAAAGAAAACAAAAUAGAUGUUAUCGUUACCGCUUCGACGGUUUUUGGAGCUCGUCAUGCUCUGGAGACUCUGUCACAGUUGUUUGCACCCGUUUUAACGUCGAAUGGGCGAGGACUAGUGAUAGUUGACCAAGCAAAGAUCCAGGACAAACCGAUAUUCGUUCACCGUGGACUUUUGAUUGAUACUGCAAGAAAUUUUCUUCCCGUUCCCGCUAUUUUGAGAACUAUAGAUGGGCUAGCUGCUACCAAGAUGAAUGUUUUGCACUGGCAUGCUACUGACACUCAAAGUUUUCCACUUCAUAUUAAAAAUCGACCACUCAUGUCUCAGUACGGAGCAUACUCACCUGAAAUGAUCUACACCCCAGAAGAUUUAAGUUACAUAGUAACAUACGCCAAGUAUCGAGGAGUGAGAAUUAUUCUAGAAUUGGACUCACCAUCUCAUGCAGGUGCCGGAUGGGAAUGGGGUGAAGCAGCAGGACUGGGUGCUCUGGCGGUUUGCAUUAAUAAGGAACCGUGGAGAGAUUUUUGUGUCCAGCCACCAUGUGGUCAGCUAAAUCCAGUCAAUCCUCGUACUCUUGAUGUUUUAAAAGAUAUUUAUAGAGAUACUCUCGCUCUUUUGGGCACCAACAGUAUCAUUCAUCUUGGUGGCGAUGAAGUGUUUAUUAAUUGCUGGAAUUCAACGCCAGAGAUAACAGCUGCGAUGCAAGAUCGUGGAAUGGGAAAAACUACCGAUGACUUCUUUCAACUCUGGAGUGAGUUCCACGCAGAGCAAGUUAAGCUUCUUGAUGAAAUAAAAGAAGGAAGAAUUGACCAUGUAUUGCUGUGGAGCUCUGCGCUCACAUCUCCAGAUGUAAUUGAAAAGUAUCUCGAUAAAAGAAGAUUUAUCAUCCAAACCUGGGUUGAGUCAAAUUCUGAUUUACCCAGCGAACUUUUACAGCGCGGUUACAAACUUAUAAUGUCGACCAAAGAUGCUUGGUACCUAGAUCACGGAUUCUGGGGUAAAACUCGCUAUCAUUCAUGGCGAGACGCUUACAAUAAUAGAAUCCCAAGAAAUGUUGGAGUUCUUGGAGGUGAAGUCUGCAUGUGGGGUGAAUAUGUCAACGAUGGCGGCUUGGACUCUCGUAUUUGGCCCAGAGCUGCUGCUGUUGGUGAAAGGUUGUGGAGCGAUUCUCAUACGCUGAGAACUGAAGACGUAGAACCGCGUCUUCAAGCUUUUAGAGAAAGACUGCAAGUACGCCAAAUUUAUGCCGAUGCCAUUUCUCCAGCUUGGUGUGCUCAGCACGCUAAAAAGUGUUAUUAAUUUUUUUUUAUACUUUAUUUUGGUUAAUCACUAUUUGAAUAUUCAUUCUCAAGUAUUAUUUGUUGGAAAAAUAUAUACAAAGUUUUAUUGAUUUUUAAAUAAAUUAGUUCACCAAAUGUUUUAUUACCUAUCAAUAUUUCUUUGUUUUAUAAAUACAAUGAUAAGUAAUAACAAAGUGUCUGACGGAUGAUGUGUUAUAUUUUAUAUUUUUUGAAAUAAUAAAUGUGUUAAAUAGAAA